GUGUGUGUGAGGGGGCGGGGGGUUCCGAGACUAACGCUUGGCCUGGGUCCUGGCGCUCCGGGCGCUAGCCCGUGGCGUGGAUGCCCUGCGUCCGGACCCUCCUCUACCUCCUGGCUGCUCUGGGCGCCUGCGGCGCGGUUGCCUUCCUCGGCUACUGCGUUUACUUCGACCAGAAGCGGAGGGACGACCCCGGGUUCAAGCGGCGGUUGCGGGACAAAAGAAGAGCAGAGCAGCAAAAAAAGGCUAAGGAACAGGGUGUGCAGACUGGAGAGUUUCUGAAGAAUGAAAAAUUGCAAGAGUUCUUUCUCCAAGAGGUGCAAAUGGGAGAACUUUGGUUAUCCAGAGGUGAACACAGAAUGGGAAUUGAACAUCUCAGCAAUGCCAUUUUAGUAUGUGGGCAGCCACAGAAACUUCUGCAGGUUUUCAAACAAACGCUGCCCCCUAUGGUAUUUGAUAUGCUGAUGUACAAACUACCCCUGGUGUGCCAGAAAUUUGAGGCAGAAAUGAAUGAACAGGAAUGCCUUGAGGAUGAUCCUGAGUGAAAAAUAUUUCAGCUAUGUAUCCAGAUAAGACUCCAGUCUGGAUACUGUGGUAAUUCUUAGUAUAAACAACUGCUUGUUGAUAAAAAUAUGAACUUAAA